AUGAUAAUGAGUGAAUCAUAUCAUUUCAGAUCUAGAGCUCGGUUUUCAUCAAUAACUAAUUUUUUUGAUAGGGUUAUAUCUUUAAAGAAGAAAAAAAAAUGUAAACAUGGCAGUACAACAUCUUUUUGGCGUCGUAUUAAUAUGUUUCGUCAUGGACCUACAUUUAUGAUAUUUACAACUAAAAGGUCAUGCUUUCCUGCUUUUCGUGUUACUGAUUCUAUUGAUGUUACAAAGUUACGUCGCAAAAAGGCAACUCAAAAGCAUAAUAUGUAUUACGAGUUAAAUAAUAAUUUAUAUUCCUCUGAAAAUGAUGUUAUCUACGAAUCUUUUUUUAGGAAAAAUGGUAAAAAGGUUGCGUUUUCAAACAAUUAA